AUGAAUUCAUUGACACCACUUCAUGGCGGCGGAAAGCUUGUUUGGUCUAUAAGCGUACUCUUACUGACGGGCUUCCUGGCGCGGCGUGGUCUCCGGAAGGGCAGCUUGAGUCGCUCAGGCGCAUGUGCGGCCUUCCUGGUAGGAGCCGUUCACAUGUUUUGUGGCUUGCAAUAUGGUCUCACCCUCAUCAUCUUUUACUUAACGUCAAGCAAGCUCACCCGGCUUGGCGCCAAGCGCAAAGCACUGCUUGAGGAGGAGCACCAAGAGGGCGGCCGAAGGGACGCCACACAGGUGCUGGCUAAUAGCUUGGCGGCCUGCAUUUUUGCAGGGCUGUCUUACAUGGCAAUGGCAGACGCGGCUCCUGUGAAGCUCGCUUUGUCUCGUGUUCAUUUGGCCGGGGCAUUCCUGUCUGCGUCGCUGCAUGGUGUUGCUCAAGGGCUUAAAACCCGCUCUUCCUGCGCUUCUAUUGCGCUGGGAGAUCCGGGUCAUUACGCCGCCUGCUGUGGCGACACUUGGGCGAGUGAGCUAGGCAUCCUAAGUCGCAGCGUGCCGCGCCUCAUCACCACCGGUCGCAAGGUCCCACCGGGCACCAACGGCGGCGUAACUCCGCUGGGCCUGGCCUGCAGCGUCGCCGGCGGCCUGACCAUCAGCCUGGCUUUCUUUGGCGGCGGCGCUGUUGGCUGUGCCUGGGGCACUAUCCCCCGUGGCGGCUCGCUAUGCCCCGCGCCCGCUGGCGGCAGGACCGGGCCGUGGACGCUGCAUGACGCGGUGAUGGGCGACGGGCCCACAGGUCUGCGGCCGUUGGCGGUGGUUGGCGUAGCAUGCGGGCUGUUCGGGUCGCUGUUGGACUCAAUGUUGGGUUCUAUGCUGCAAUACAGUGGAUGGGAUCCAGAGACACGGCGUGUGUUGUCGAGGCCGGCCAAACGUGUGCUACGCGCUGGGCGUGGCGGCGACAGGGACGAGGCCGCUGGGACGCAGGUGGUGCACAUUAGUGGGGUGCCGUUGCUGAGCAAUAAUGGUGUCAAUUUUAUUGCAGCGGCGGCGACGGCUGCUCUUGGCGCGGCCAUGCUGGGGCAGUGGGACAGUGCGGGGGUGUGA